AUGGCAGGGACAACUACAACAACUUUCCUCAAACUUCAAAACCAGCCCACCAAGCCCAAACGACGCAAGUAUCGGGAAACUACAAUCUCCGCAUCCGCUUCUCCAAACGACACCCAAACAACCCCUCAGCGCCGCACUCUGCAAUCCCCUUCAUGCUCACAACCCCAAUCUCAACCCGAAUCCGAACCCGAACCGUCUGCAUUGCCUGAUUCACCCUCCACCUACAGGAUCCGCUUCUCCCCGGGGCGCUUCUCCCCGAUAAUGGACUUCACCCACUCCUCCCCCACCGCCAACGGCCACCACCUGCCCCAGGCCCAGGCCCACGAACCUUUCCCUUCCAGCCUCUCCAAGUUCAACUCCGCCCUCACCGCGGGCCUCUUGAACCCAAUGUCCCCCCCGCCCGACAAGACCCGAUCCAGCCCAACGCUCUUCGAAAUGAUGGCCAGCGAGCCCGAUGUCCACCACAGGCCCACCACCCACAUCCCUCCCACCACCACUGCCGCCGCCGCUGCGUCCUCACUCCACAAACCCCAAAUUCUCGAUCGCCACGCCCUCACGAUGCAGCGGAUUUCGGACCUGUUAGGGUCCCGCAGCCCCGGGAACCAGUUUAACGACGCCGUUUCCAGCGACAUCAAGCUCACGCUCAGCUCCAAAGACGGAAUCAGUGUCUCCAUGAACGUGCAUCGCCAAAUCCUCGUCGCGCACAGUAGGUUCUUCUCGGUGAAACUCUCCGAUCGCUGGACCAAGCAGCAGCAGCAGCAGCAGCGCUCGCCGGUUCCCUACGAAGUUGAAAUCGCCGAUUGCGACGAUGUUGAGGUUUACAUCGAGACCUUGAGGUUGAUGUAUUGUAAGGAUCUUAGGAAGAAGCUCAUGAGGGAGGAUGUCUCCCGAGUUCUCGGUAUCUUAAAGGUUUCAGCUGCCAUUGGGUUUGAUGCUGGGGUUUUGUCUUGUUUGGAGUACUUGGAAGCGGCACCGUGGGCGGAGGAUGAGGAAGAGAAGGUGGCUUCGCUCCUGUCUGAGCUUCGUCUUGAAGCAGUUGGAGCUGGGGAGGUUUUGAAGAGGGUUUCAACUGAUGCUGCUGCCAAUGGAAAUGAAGAGGGGAGUGAUAAUGAGGAGGUUCUGCUUAAGCUUAUCCGUGUUGUUCUUGAAGGCAAGGAUGAGAAGGCCAGGCGUGAGAUGAAAGGGUUAGUGUCGAAGAUGCUGCAUGAAAAUUCUUCUCAGAAUGAUCUUCGGAAGGAGUCGUUGUACUUAGCAUGUGAUGAUUGCCUGCAGUUACUUCGUCACCAUUUUUUGCAGGCUGCAGCUUUGGACUUGCAGGAUGUGAGUCAAAUUGCAAGACAAGCGGACAAUUUGCAUUGGAUUUUGGAUAUUUUAGUUGACAGGCAAAUUGCUGAGGAUUUCCUGAAAACAUGGGCAUCUCAAGCCGAUUUAGCUGAAGCUCAUUCUAAAAUUCCAGCAGUUCACAGGUUUGAGAUUAGCAGAGUUACAGCAAGGUUGUUUGUUGGGAUUGGGAAAGGACAAUUGUUGGCUUCUAAAGACGUCAGGUGUUUGCUUCUAAAAACAUGGCUGGUACCCUUUUAUGAUGACUUUGGUUGGAUGAGAAGGGCAUCCAAGGGGCUAGAUAGGCACCUAAUUGAGGAUGGUCUUAGUAACACGAUUCUUACUCUGCCACUUUCCUGGCAACAGGAUAUUUUGCUUGCUUGGUUUAAUCGUUUCUUGAAUUCUGGUGAAGAUUGUCCAAAUAUUCAAAGAGGGUUUGAAGUUUGGUGGAGAAGGGCUUUCUGGAAGAGGAAUGGAGAGCCAGAACGCACAAGACAAUUACGAAUUACAACUACAUCAGUUGAGAACCCUUGA